CAGCGGCUUACACUCUGACUUACUUUGGAAAGCCACGUGACCAAACCCUCUUCAUCAUUCCUUAACGUUCGCUUGUGAGUGUUGUGUGGCAGCUGACUGAAAAUCCUAUUACAUCUUCAUUUGUUUUCAGCAAACGUAUUUUUUCAAAGAAUAAAAGAUGCCUAAAGAGAAGACGCAUAUAAAUAUUGUGGUCAUUGGCCAUGUAGAUUCUGGAAAGUCAACGACUACUGGUCAUUUAAUUUAUAAAUGUGGCGGUAUUGACAAAAGAACCAUUGAAAAAUUUGAAAAAGAAGCUCAAGAGAUGGGUAAAGGCUCUUUCAAAUAUGCUUGGGUUUUAGACAAAUUGAAAGCAGAGCGUGAACGUGGUAUUACAAUUGAUAUUACUUUGUGGAAAUUUGAGACAUCCAAGUAUUAUGUAACUGUAAUUGAUGCUCCUGGACACAGGGAUUUCAUCAAAAAUAUGAUAACUGGAACUUCUCAGGCAGAUUGUGCUGUUUUAAUUGUUGCUGCAGGUACUGGAGAGUUUGAGGCUGGUAUUUCUAAAAAUGGACAAACAAGAGAACAUGCGCUUUUGGCUUACACCUUAGGUGUGAAACAGAUGAUUGUAGGUGUUAACAAGAUGGAUACCACUGAACCACCAUUCAGUGAGUCUCGCUUUGAAGAAAUCAAGAAAGAAGUUUCUACUUACAUCAAGAAAAUAGGAUACAAUCCUGUUACUGUACCUUUUGUUCCUAUUUCUGGGUGGAAUGGAGAUAACAUGUUGGAAGCAAGUACAAACAUGCCAUGGUACAAAGGAUGGGCUAUUGAGAGAAAGAGUGGCAAAUCUGAUGGAAAAACACUUUUGCAAGCUUUAGAUGCUAUGGAACCCCCAUCUCGCCCUCUGGAUAAACCACUUCGUUUACCACUUCAAGAUGUGUACAAAAUUGGAGGUAUUGGUACAGUUCCCGUAGGAAGAGUUGAAACUGGAGUUAUAAAACCUGGCAUGGUUGUAACUUUUGCCCCUGUUAAUCUUACUACUGAAGUUAAAUCUGUAGAAAUGCAUCACGAAGCUUUGACUGAAGCAGUUCCUGGUGACAAUGUAGGCUUUAAUGUAAAAAAUGUAUCUGUUAAAGAAUUAAGACGUGGUUAUGUAUGUGGUGAUAGUAAAGACAAUCCUCCUAAGGCCACAGAGGAAUUUACUGCUCAGGUUAUAGUACUGAACCAUCCUGGUCAAAUUUCCAAUGGAUAUACACCAGUGCUUGAUUGCCACACAGCUCACAUAGCAUGUAAAUUCCGUGAAAUUAAAGAAAAAUGUGAUAGGAGAAGUGGAAAAAAAUUGGAAGAUAAUCCUAAGUUCAUAAAAUCUGGUGAUGCUGCCAUAAUUGAUCUUGUUCCAAGUAAACCAAUGUGUGUUGAGACAUUCACAGAUUUUCCACCAUUAGGGAGGUUUGCAGUACGUGAUAUGAGACAAACUGUUGCAGUAGGUGUUAUUAAAGCUGUAAAACCAAAGGAUUUGUCUGGUGGUAAAGUGACCAAAGCAGCAGAAAAAGCACAGAAGAAGAAGUAGACUGAGCAAUGGAUACUGGUUCCUCUUUAUUUUGGUAGCUUAUAAUGUAUAUUGGCAAGUUAUCUUUUGUUUAAUAGGCAGUGUCUGCCAUAAUCAAUGUUUGGUACCAGUUUUUCCAGAUUUGCAAUAAAGAUAAUUGCAAAAU